GGGAGAAGAGAGAUGUUGCUGCCAGUGGAAAAAGAACAAUGUUGAGGCAACUCUUCCCUGUUUAUCUUCAGCGCAUGCUUCCAGUCUGGGGAUUACAGGCACAUUCCCUCUGGAUUUCUUGCCCACUGAAGGAUGCUCUCUUCUGACGGCACUCCUGCCGUACACACAGAGAGGACUACUGGACUUUUCUCACUGUUUCCACCUACCCAUCAGAGAGCCACUGAUCUUGCCAACCAGAGGAGCCCAUGGAGUCCAUCCCCAUGGUAGAUGGUCCACUCCACAUUUGUGCUUGGCAAUAGACAAAGAGGCAAAGAGAUUAGAAACAUUGGCAGCCGAUCAACUCCAUGGUUUUCUGACUUUAUCAAGGCUGUGAUUUUUGGCAUCUGAUAAAGAGAUGACCCAGGAACAGUGCCCUCAUAGGAACAAUGUCCAGAGUACUGAAAAACCGCAAGUGUAUAAAGUGGGGAUCUACGGCUGGCGGAAACGUUGCCUUUAUUUCUUUGUCCUCCUCCUCAUGAUCCUCAUAGUGGUCAACCUCGCUCUCACCAUCUGGAUCCUCAAAGUUAUGAACUUCACUAUAGAUGGCAUGGGUCACCUGCGUAUCACAGAAAGAGGCCUGAAACUGGAGGGCGAUUCGGAAUUCCUUCAGCCGCUGUAUGCCAAAGAAAUCCAGUCCAGACCAGGAAGCCCAUUGUUCCUGCAGUCUUCUAAGAACGUGUCUGUCAACAUCCUCAACGAGAAGAAGCAAUUAGUAUCUCAACUCGUUGCAGGUUCUCAUGGAGUUCAUGCACGGGGCAAAAUGCUGGAGGUAAAAUCAAGUGCAGGAAAACUGCUCUUCUCUGCGGACGACCAUGAGGUGGUAGUUGGUGCAGAGAAAUUACGAGUUAUGGGAGCGGAGGGUGCAGUGUUCAGUAACUCAGUGGAGACCCCGCAUGUGAGGGCCGAGCCCUUCAAAGAGUUACGGCUGGAGUCACCCACACGUUCGCUUUACAUGGAGGCGCCUAAAGGAGUGAAAAUAGAAGCCGACGCAGGUGAUUUCCAAGUGACCUGUAGGAGCGAUUUACGCCUGGAGUCAAAAGACGGAGAGAUCAGCUUGGAUGCCAGUAAAAUCAAGCUCCUACGUCUGCCGGAGGGAAAAGCCUCCCCCUCUGGAACCAGACAGACUGUCUUUGAGGUGUGUGUCUGCCCCAAUGGAAAACUCUUCUUAUCACAAGCAGGAACUGGCUCCACUUGCCAGAUCAGCAGCAACUUAUGCCUCUAGAUACUCACAAACUCACUUCUACACACACACUACGUUACACUCGUACAUACAGAGGACUCGUUCCUCUUGAAGAUUCCAACAUUGACAAGAGCCGAAAAGGAUUUCCUCAAGAUUUGUGAAAAUACUUUGUAAAACAAUGUUUGAACCAGAAACUUUCAAGGUGAUCACCAGAGAACCAUUCGACACAUCAUGACAGUCACCAAUCAGAUCCAUACCUCGCUUUUACUCAUUAGUGUCCUCUUUUUCAAUCAGAAUCAAUAUAUUUUUUUGCUGAGGAAAGUACAGUGGGUGCUUUAUCUUGCGUAAGCCACAUAAAUGUGACAGUUUUCUUCUCUUUUUGAGGUCAAAACUAUUUGUAACAUCACAUUUUGUAUUAUUACUCGAGUCCUACAUUGACAGUCCUCCAUCUGGGACUCCUCUCAUGACGGUGAUCACCUGAACCCAAACUGUGCUUGCACUGGGAUGGAACCUGUGCACCCACUCUGUUCAAAAAGGAGAACAGCGCCUGUGCCUUAAUACAAUGCACUCGUGGCAAGAAGCACACCCCACUGACUUUUAUUUAGACAAGAAUACUUGCAUUUAAGUUACUUGCCUUUUGCUCCCACAGAUCGCAGAGAAACCCAGUGACCCCAAACUCACACAUAAUGUGCUGAUUUCCACUUUAUUUUGGAAAGGAGAAGAGAGCGUUUCUGAUUUAGUUUAAAAUUCUUUUGUUUUUGGCUUGGCACAGAAUGAAGAAAAAUUGAGUUUGGGAGAAACACUUUCUUGAUGUGUGGAUGUUUUUACUGUUUGUGUGUGUGUUAAGCCUGACUUUUGUUCUUUCUCUAUAAUUGAACAUUAAAAUGUGCUAAACAAACCAAGACACCCAAACCAAAAAGCAAAGCUGUCAUGUAACAAAGCUGUUGAAAAUGAAUUGAAAGUUCACACUUCCCAAUUCCCAAGACUGAAAGAGGAAUUGGCUAAUGUUGUUUUUAUUUUUAUAUAUAUACACUACCGUUCAGAAGUUUGGGUUUUUUGGUCCCACUUUAUAUUAAGUGUCUUUAAGUGCUGUAUGUACUAAUAUUAUGCAAAAUUCACAUUUACAUGGUGUUUAAACAUAAAUGUGUCAGCAGUGUGUGAACACAACCACCUUAUAAUGAUAAAAAUCCAUCAACUCCUUAUUUUUAAUCGCCAUAAAACCUCAACAGUCUCAUAGAAGAAGCAGUUUUCAUUUUCUGAGCAAUGUGAUGUCACAUUGUACAGGCCCCGCCCUCGACUGCUGACAGAGUCUGCCGUAUUAGCAUAGACCCCGCCCUGAGAGAGUUGUACACGGUCGGUUAUUGUCUCGACACCGGAGCAGCUGUAGUGACAAGAAUGUCUCGUAAGUGAUUGAGGUGUUUUGUUGUUGGAUGUAAGAGUGAACAUAACAGUCUUCAACAUCAGUACUCCCAACAUUGAGGCGCAGUGGAUUUGUUUAAUUUUUGAAGGUAAUGCGCCCAAACAUCUAAUAUACACAUGAGAUUUCUGUCUCUGCUGUUUAUGUUCACAGACAUCACCAACUGUGUUUGUGAACUUUGUGUGUUUUUGACAUAACCUUGUGUGUAUUUGACAGUUUAAACAAAAUGAGACAUGAAAGAGAACUUAGUUUAAUACUCACAAGACGUGAUGUCUGACAACCAGCUUUCUGUGCAUGUGCUUUAAAUGUGUGCACUCAGAAAAUGAUAAAUUUGAAGUUUAAACUGAUAUAGCUUUAAAACACUUCAUGAUAAAGAAGAAAGAUAUAGAUGAUAAUCAAAACCAAGCAGAUAUUUUGUUAGUAUUUGGCAGAGUAUCUGAUGCAGGCAGGAGCUGUGAUCGUGGAAAGGGGGCUGGGGAGCAGCAGCUCAUUUGCAUUUAAAGACACAUGCACGAAAACAGCAUGUUUUUGCAUACAUUCAAAAAUGGGUAUUUACAACAUGGUAUAAUAAAUGAUCUCUGAGGCAUUUUGAGCUGAAACUUCACAGAUACAUUCUGGGGACACCUGAGACUUAAAUUACAUCUUGGAAAAAAAAAUAAAAAUAAAAAAUAAUAGGUCCCCUUUAAAUUAAUCAUUUGAUACAAUGCACUUAUUGUAAAAACAUACAUGUUUUUACACUGUACUUUUUUUUUUUUUUUUUAAUACCUGCAUGUAAUUACAGCUAUAAUUACACAGUUGACCCUUCCUUUACACUUUAACCCACUACCAAACCCUAACCUUACCAGUAUCCCACCUUACCAUCAACACAAUACAAUAAGUACAUUGUACCUUACAAUUAUUAUUAUCAUUUGAUGCAAGUACAUAGUAGUUAAAGACAGAGUAAUAUAAAGUGUGACCUAAUGUAAUAUAGCUGUUUACAACUAUUCAUGAUAUCAUACAAUGUAUCAUAAGAUAAAGCAUAAUGAAUGCAUUAAAAAUAAAGGUUUUAUAUAAAGUGUUACCAAUAAAUCUUAUUGAAAUCUUACUGAACUUUUGAAUGGUAGCGUGUAUACAAUAUAGACCAUAUGAAUAGCAGUGAAGAGACACAACUGGUGCUGGUAGGUCAUGUGAUGGUAACAACAUGACGGAUGCAGUACAUCCAAAUUUUAUUCAUACUACCCAUAUUCAUACUAUAUAGAACAUCCUUUUUUAAUAGUCACAAAGUAAGUUCAAAUUCAAAUGUAGUAACUACUCAGACAGUACACGAUUUCGGAUGUACUCAUUGUUUUUAAUGUAGAUCUCAACUGACCCUAUGAAACACUGAAUCUUGUCUCUUGUAUAAUUAAAUUUCACACUCCAAUGGGUAAUAUUCCACUGAAAUAUAUUUAAAAAAAAUCUUUGAUAUAAUUUAUAACUGUAAUUCAUUGCCACUUGCCCACUGUAUCUGAAGCAAUGAGGAGUGACAGCUGUGAUCAUAGCGUUUAAAAGCCGAAGCCCCCAGCAAUUGUUGACAUUCAAUUAACAUACUAAAUGCUAUGGGUAGUGAAAGGAGACAGGAACACGGGGAACUCUGUAGGGAACAACACAGCAUCACAGAAGGGCUUAAUCAUAUUCAUUCUCUUUUGAUUUUUCAGGAGAAUUUGAAAUUUGAUAGUGUGUUGUGUGUGUGUGCUUGAUUGCUAUUGUAAUAAACUCUUGCUUGAUACUAAAAGACGAACACCAGUGACAGACAUGAAACCCAUGAUUUUUUUUUUUUUUUUUUAAUGAGGUUAGCAAAAAUAUUGUGUGUACUGUUACGUUUGUUUGAUUUUUUUUUUUUUUUUCUCCUGUAUUGAACAACUCAACUAAAAGCAGGACUUUAGGAUGGAUAUGUCUGUUGUUUGAUGUGCUCAUUAUAUUGUUUGAUGAAUUUUUGUGCUAAAUAAAGGUUUUAUCUACAGCCAUUUUGAGUGUUCAGGAAAAUAUAUAGCAUUUAGUUUCCUCUCUUCUCCCAGACGUUACUUCUGAACAAUGUGUAUGUACGAUUUUGUAAGAGGAGCACAAAAUGUUUCAUAUAUUUUUUGAUAAUAAAACAACACUUCAGCUCUAGCAUAACCUAGCUUUCAAUGUGUGACAUCUAUACAGGAUGAGUCUCCCACAUGUAUACAUUUGUGUAAAUAAAAUUGAGAAUUUGAUUACAUAAACAGCUAAUCUUACAAAGCUAAAUGCCUUGGGUUGAAGCUGCGGCUCAUUUAUUUUGGUUUUCUCCAUAAUGGUGUGCAGAAUUUUAUCCUGUAUUUGGUCUAUCAGACUUUUGUUGGCCACUUUGCAGACAUUCAGUGACAUUAAACUUUAGUUUGAUAUUUU